CAACUUUAGUUGCUUACGGACGUCUCGUGAAUUGUGGUCGUUCUUCUCAUUUCCCCAUCAUCGAUUGUCGUCGCUCGCUGACGCUCUAUACCAAAACCAAAGGCCAAAACCCAAAGCUCAAGCAGUGUGGUUCAAAAAUCUUGCUCUCCGACAAAGUGAAAAUUUAAGACUUCAAAAACUAAACCAAACCGAAUCAAUUAAACAAAACAAAUAGAAGUGAAAAUUUUGAUCUAAUUUCGUGCUCUAAAGUUGGAAAAAAAUAAAUAAGAAGCUAUGAAACAGCAGGUGUUUGUUGGAUUUCUAUUUGCACUUGUUGCAGUCUCCAGCGCGGUUAAGGUUCCCGUGACUGUUUACUAUGAAUCUCUUUGCCCUGAUAGUGCAGCCCUCAUAACCCAACAAAUCCAUCCAGCACUCCAAGAUGAACUCAAAGAACACGUCGAUAUAACCUGGGUGCCAUUUGGAAAAUCAGAGAUGCACACCCAAGGCGCCGAUGUUGAAUUCAGUUGUCAUCAUGGACCAAAUGAGUGCUAUGGCAAUAAAGUCCAUGCUUGUGCCAUCAACAUCAUUCAGGCAAACUCCUACCAAGCUGAAUUCACUAGGGAAUCCCUUACUCUGGACUUCAUUGCUUGCUUAAUGAAGGUCGGCAAGAACUUCCCAGACAAUGUCUAUCCCGGUGCUAAAUGCGCCCGCGAAAACCACAUCAAUACCUGGGCAAACAUCGAAACAUGUGCCAAUUCCACUGAGGGAAGCAAAUUGUUGCAGGAGCACGGAAAGACCACCAACCAGUUCCAGAAACCACUUACCAGUGUUCCAACUGUUGUUUUCAAGAAUGUGUACGAGGAUGAUGUACAGCAGCGAGCCUUGAAGGACUUCCGUACGACAUUGUGCAGUUAUAUUAUGGAGCCAAAGCCAAAGGUUUGCAUGGCUGCUAACUCAGCUGCUGGAUUAAGCAUUGUUCCUCUUUUGAGUGCUGCUGUCUUUGCCUUAACAAGAUUGGCUUAAGAGUUUUGUUGAGAAAGCAAACAAACAAAAAGAUCGCAAUUCACAAUUUUGGUCUCUUAAUAAUAAUUUUCUAAGAUUCAUUGUUAUAGUAAUUCGAAAAUAGAUUUUUAUUUUUAUAAACUUAAUUUGAAAAAUAUUGGUAGAUUAGAGUAGCUAUAUUAUUUUUUCAUUUACAUAUACAUAUUAUCGUUUAUUUAAUUUUGUUUUCUUAAAGUAUUUUUUUUUUUAAAUAGAAUUUACAUAGUUAAAUAAAUGUUGUGAGCUUUAAUAAAAGAAAUUUAUAAAAAAUAUUUAUCAGUACAGUGAACGCGCAAAAUACCAUUUUACCAUUUUAUAUCAUACAACCAUUUUGUGUACUUUUGUGAUUUUUUGAAAUUCAAUUAAAUAAAAUUUCAUAUGUUUAUUUUUUUUUUAAAUAAAGUUUUUUUUUUUCUA